UCGGGGUCCGCCCUAGGUGUCUCGCCCACUCGCCUUCACCCGCACCCCCGUUCUUUUCGGUUAUUUUCUUCUACGGCCGUUCCCCGCCCCGCCCUGGGCCCAGGGGGCCGUGGUGUGAACUUUGGUGGGCAGGAGAAAUCGUCUCCGACCUCCGUCAGAAAUGGGGAACGUGCAGUCGGAGCCGUCCGCGGGCGGGGGCUCCCGAAAAGAGCAGGCCUCGGACCGCUCUUCCGCCUCCCGCCGGACAUCCUUGGCGGAGCCCGAGGUGACCCCCUCCUCCCCUGCCAUACGCCUGGCUCGCGGGCUGGGCGUCUGGUUCCCCAGCAGCUCAGCGUCCCAGGGACUCCUGGUACCCCCGGAGCCCCAGGCCUCACCCUCGCCCCUGCCCUUAGAACUGCCCUCGCCAAUGAUGCCCCCUUCAGAGGAGACGGCUGCAGCCGCGGUCUCCACACCAUCCCCACCCCCCGUGGGGACCCUGUUGCCCACGCCGUCUAAGUGGCGAAAACCCACGGGCACUCCGGUGCCUCGGAUCCGUGGUCUACUGGAGGCAAGCCAUCGCGGCCAGGGCGACCCUCCGAGCCUCCGCCCACUGCCGCCGCCGCCGCCGCCGCCGCCACCCCCGCCCCUGACACGAGCCGAAGAGGACCCCGACCCUGUCCCGAGGGCCCCAUCCCUGACUCCGCCAUCCUUGGAACCGCGAAAGCCGUCACCACCGCCGCCUUCCGACCAGCAGACCCCGGACCGCAGAAUAAGUCCUGCUCUGGCCACACUUGCCGCAACCCCCAUAGAAAACCAGGUCCCUCGCGGCAUCGAGGGCCAGGCAGCCGGCAGGGCCGGAGGAGGAGCGCCUGCCCAAGCAGGCGAGGGUGAAAUGGCCCGGCCUGUGGCUUCCGAGUCUGGCCUGAGUCUGCUGUGUAAAGUCACCUUCAAGUCGGGGCCUCCUUUGCCCCCUGCGGCAGCAUCGAGUUCCUUAGUCGCCAAAGUCUCGCUAGGGGGCGGCGGAGGCAGGGGACUCUUCUCCACUGCCUCGGGCGCCAUCUUCUUUAUGCGAGGUCUGAAGCAAGGGCCCCUGGCUCCUGGGGCGCUGAGCACGCCCACCAACCACCUGAGCGAGCCCUCCUGGGUUGCCACCAUCAAGUUAGCCGGCUCCCUGGUAGCCGGGCUGGAGCACUUCGACUUGCAGGCCACCCAUUCCAACUGA